AUGAAACCGGAAGACCCCGAAUCCCUCGAACCGCCUUCCAAGGCGGCGUCCAUUCACAACAUCACCACAGAUGCAGUUUUUGGAGAUAUUACAGAGGAUAGCCCCAACUACCGUGAUGUAGGAUGGGUCGGUACCGCUGCGCUCAUGACCAAGAGCAUGCUUGGGCUAGGGGUCCUGUCCAUUCCGAAUGCCUUGGGCGUGCUGGGACUGAUUCCUGGUGUCAUCUCUCUCCUUGCCAUUGCGACGAUUGCCACCUGGUCAAUGCAUAUUGUUGGGGUGUUUAAGAUUAAUCAUCGUGAGGUGUAUGGUAUAGAUGACGUUGGUUACAAAUUAUUUGGUGUCUUUGGGCGAGAGUUUCUCGGCACCGCUUUCUGCGUCUACUGGAUCUUCGUUUCUGGCUCUGGGAUGCUCAGUAUAUCAAUUGCCUUGAAUGCCAUCUCAACCCAUGGAACCUGUACUGCGGUGUUUGUCGCUGUUGCUGCUAUCGCAACAUUCCUCCUGAGUAGCAUCCGUACCUUGAGCCGUAUGGGUUGGAUCGCUUGGAUUGGGCUAGUCAGCAUUCUGAGUGCUAUCAUCAUCGUGACUGUGGCUGUCGGCGUUCAGGAUCGACCUGCUGCGGCGCCCCAAGAGGGUAUAUGGGUGUCUGAUUACGAGCUUUUUAAAAAGCCAUCCUUUUUGGAGGCCAUUUCAGCGGUCUCCUCUAUGGUCUUUGCCUAUGCCGGGACCAGUGGUUUUUUUGCCAUUGCAGCGGAGAUGCGUGAGCCUGAGCACUACACCCGUGCACUUGUUGUAUGUCAAAGUGUUGUCACGGGGACCUACCUUAGUAUUGGUAUCGUCCUAUACUACUUCUGUGGGUCGUACGUUGCCUCCCCUGCCCUGGGAUCCGCUGGUCCUCUUAUGAAGAAGGUCUCCUACGGCAUCGGGAUUCCAGGGAUCCUUGUCUCGACUGUCAUCGUCUGCCAUUUGCCGAGCAAGUAUACCUUCGUCCGCCUCCUCCGUGGUACGGAACAUUUGGCCGCCAAUACUCCCCGGCAUUGGAUCACCUGGCUCAGCUGCACCUUUGGUGCCACCUUGAUCGCCUAUAUUAUUGCGAGCGCGAUCCCUGUUUUCAACAGCCUCGUCUCACUCAUUGGGGCAUUCUUUGGCACCUUGAUGUCCUUUCAGCCGAUGGGAUGCAUGUGGCUCUAUGACAAUUGGAGUAAGAGUAAGCGUGAGCGAACCAUUCGUUGGUAUAUCAUGGUGUGUUGGUCCGUCUUCGUCAUUGCGGUUGGCUUUUUCCUCAUGGUUGCCGGUACCUAUGGAUCUGUCGUGGAAAUCAUCAAGAAUUAUAACGAGUCCGGAGGCUCCGCGGCAUGGUCCUGUGCAGACAACUCCAAUUCGGUAUAA